UGAUCCAAAGGAGAAUCCCACUAGUUUCUGCUCCGAAGAUCGGGAGUAGACGGACGCGGCUGGCCAGCGCGUAACGCACAUUAUCUUGGCAUUAAACGAUAAGAAAACGCACGCAUUCGCGUUUACCGCCCGGUUUGGAAUAAAUAUGGAUGUCAAAGCGCUGCGCUGGGUUUGCGAGUGACAGUUAAGAGUCAGAUUAUGGACUGAUUUCAGCUCUUUUAGUGAGGCAGCCGCCGCGAAAAAGUUUCCUCGCUGCAAGAGGGCCUCAUCACACCACCGCAACAGGUUUCUUCCAGACCAGAAACAAUAACCGGACUUGGAGUUGCGAAAUCGCCCUUCGGUUCAUCCAGCGCACAAACGCAGAACAAAGCGGUCCGAACGUAACCGAGACCAGAAAACUGUGUAGUGGGAACGGGAAACCAACAAAGGAAACCCGACCGAUUGGCAUCACCGUUGCGGGUUGGAGGAUCUCGUUUUGGGGAUUAUCAGAUUCGCCAGCUCUGUCUUCUCUGCCAAAGGAACAGGCUUCGUUUAAAUGCGCUACGAAGCUAAAAUGAUGCCGAUGUUCCUGACCGUGUACCUCAGUAAUAAUGACCAGCAUUUUACGGAGGUGCCCGUCACCCCGGAGACGCUGUGCCGGGACGUGCUGGAGCUGUGUAAGGAGCCCGGGGAGGUGGAGUGCUACCUGGCCGAGGUGUGGCGGGGCUCAGAGCGUGUGGUGGGCGAGGCUGAGCGGAUGCUGGACGUGCUGCAGCGGGGGGGGCAGCAGGCGGGGGAGGUGCGCUUCUUCCUGCGUCACGAGCGACCGCCCAGCCGCGAAUCAGCGGGGUCCAGAGGUCCUGAUCACAUGGCCAAGAGAAACGGGGUGAAGGGGUCUGCAGAGAAUGGGGUGGCCCCGCCCCGAAUGGACAUGACCCUGGCGGAGCUGCAGGAGAUGGCGUCACGGCAACAGCAGCAGAUCGACGCCCAGCAACAGCUGCUGGCCUCUAAGGAGCAGCGGCUGCGCUUCCUGAAGCAGCAGGACCAGCGUUCCUCGGAGCAGGAGCGGCUCCAGAGGUUGCGGGAGAACGCUGAGGGCCAGGAGGCCAAGCUGAGGAAGGUGCGGGCGCUCCGGGGCCAGGUGGAACACAAACGCCUCAGCAACGGCAAGCUCGUGGAAGAGAUCGAGCAGAUGAGCAGCCUGUUCCAGCAGAAGCAGAGGGAGCUGGUCCUCGCCGUGUCGAAGGUGGAGGAUCUGAGCCGACAGCUGGAGAUGCUGAAGAACGGCAAGAUGGACACCUUCCACGACAAGCAGAGCUCCGCGGCCGAGCUGGACCGGCUCUACAAGGAGCUGCAGGUGAGGAAUAAGCUGAACCAGGAGCAGAGCGCCAGGCUGCAGCAGCAGCGGGACAGCCUGAACAAGCGCAACCUGGAGGUGGCGGCCAUGGACCGGCGCGUGAGCGAGCUGCGCGACCGGCUGUGGAAGAAGAAGGCCGCGCUGCAGCAGAAGGAGAACCUGCCCAAUGGCUUCCCCGUUAAAGACAAGUCUUCAAAGAGCGCUCAACAGGUCCCGUCGGAUGGCCACGCCCCCCAGCAGGGCGGGGCCUCUCGAGUGGCGGCUGUGGGGCCCUAUCUGCAGUCCUCCUCGCUGCCCAGGGGCGGGGCCAGGCACGAGCUGCUGGUGAAGCCCCCCCCUCCCGACGCCACGGCAACGCUGCCCCACGAGGGAGCCUUCAAGGCCCGGGGAGCAGGGCAUGCUGGGAAACCGCUCUCAGGGGCGGGGCUCCAGACGGCCAAGGUGUCCAAGUUCUCUGAUUGGAGCAACUCGAGCGCGGAGUCCGGCAUCAGCCACGGCUCCUCCUCCACACUCCCUCGCAUGAGCAGCCAAUCACACGCAGCGCCCGACGACCCGAAGAAGCUCCGCCCCCUGUCCAUGCUGGACGCCUCGGAGCCCUCGACCAACUCCCUCCGCAAGAACCCGAGCAGCGAGGACCUGCUGAGAGACCCUCAGGGCUCUGGGAAGGCCCCGGUGAAGGUCCCCCCGCCGGUGCCCAGUAAACCCAAACCGCUGCCCCCUGGUGGCCUGGCGGGGCAGCACGGCUUCGGCAAGCCGGGCCUCAACACCGGAACCUUCCCCGGGAAGGCCCGGCCGGCCAAUCAGCACGCGGCGCCCCACCGAGGCCCCGCCCCCGGCCCCGCCCCCCACCACAGCCACACCCUGCCCCUGCCGCCCAAGCAAGAGGCCCCGCCCGCGGCCAAGGUGCGACCUUUCACCCCGGAGCUCCCGGCGCCCCGGGACCCGGCCCCCCCGGGCCUCCUGCACAAGCCGCAGACGCUGGCGGCCAGCUCCAUCUACAGCAUGUACACCCAGCAGCCCACGGCCGCCAAGAGCCUCCCGCCGGCCCUGCAGGGCACGCUCACCCGCUCCCAGCCCCGCCUUUACGGGAAGCCCGUGAUCCCCGGUGGCCCCCCGCAGCCCCCCCACCCUGACCACCCGUACGCGGACCGGGCCGAGGUGGAGGUGGACCACGGGGGGGCGCAGGAGGCAGAGCGGGUCCCGCGGCCACUCAGCCCCACCAAGCUCCUCCCCUUCCUGUCCGGGCCGUUCCGUCACCAGGGCGACGGCGAGCUGGAGGCGCUGCGCAGGAAGCUGUACCACGCGCCGCGGCCCCUGAAGAAGCGCAGCUCCAUCACGGAGCCCGAGGGCCCGGCGGGGCCCAACAUCCAGAAGCUCCUGUACCAGAAGACCACGCUGGCCGCCAUGGAGACCGUCACCGUCACCGCCCCCUUCUACCAGCCGGAGGGCGGAGCCUCCACAGAGCCCGCCCCCGAGCCCGGCCCCGCCCCCUGUCCGGGCCCGGGCCCCGAUUCGCCCGCGGGGCCCCCGGAUCCGCCCCCGGCCUCUUUCGAGGCUGACGAUGACAUCACCGCCCUGGCCCCGCCCCUUGCACCUCGCCCCGCCCCUAUCCCCGAGGACCCGCCCACCGUCGCCCCGCCCCCGGCGGAGAGAGAGGAGGAGGAGGGGCGGUGGGAGGAGCCGCAGGAGGAGGAGGCGGAGUCAGGGAUCCCUGGCCCCGCCCAGGAGGGCUUUGUGGAGGAGUACCCCCCCUACCCGCCCCCCCCGUACCCCACCGGGGCGGAGGGCCUGGGGGACAGCCUCAGCAUGCAGCCCCCCGAGGUCACGGGACACGUGCCCCUCCCGCCGGGUAAGAGGACGAACCUGCGGAAGCUGGGCUCGGAGCGCAUCGCUCACGCCAUGCGCGUGCGCUUCAACCCCCUGGCCCUGCUGCUCGACUCCUCUCUGGAGGGAGAGUACGACCUGGUGCAGAGGAUCAUCUACGAGGUGGAGGAUCCCAGCCUUCCCAACGACGAGGGCAUCACCGCCCUGCACAACGCCGUGUGCGCCGGGCACACCGAGAUCGUCAAGUUCCUGGUGCAGUUCGGCGUCAACGUCAACGCCGCCGACAGCGACGGCUGGACCCCCCUGCACUGCGCGGCCUCCUGUAAUAACGUGCAGGUGUGUAAGUUCCUGGUGGAGUCGGGGGCGGCGGUGUUCGCCACCACCUACAGCGACAUGCAGACCGCCGCGGACAAGUGUGAGGAGAUGGAGGAGGGCUACGCCCAGUGCUCCCAGUUCCUGUACGGCGUGCAGGAGAAGAUGGGCAUCAUGAACAGGGGCGUGGUGUACGCGCUGUGGGACUACGCGCAGGAGAGCCAGGACGAGCUGGUGUUCUCGGAGGGCGACUGCAUGACGGUGGUGAGGAGGGAGGAUGAGGAGGAGGUGGAGUGGUGGUGGGCGCGGCGGGGCGAGGAUGAAGGCUACAUCCCCCGAAACCUCCUGGGGCUGUAUCCCAGGAUCAAGCAGAGGCAGAGGAGUCUGGCCUAAACCCUGAGAAUCAGGUCUCUUGGUUUUGGCCAUUUUGUACGCGAAGAUUUCAUUCCACUGUCAGCUUUUUUUCUCUCUUUUUUUUCUUUUCUUACAUUCGGCAUUUGAAGGAGAAGGACUGAAGUUUUCAGGACUCUGAGAAUCACAUGAAGGAGCGACGCGUUCGCCUGUUUGUCACAUUUCAGCGUGUUGCUAUGGCGCCUCAGUGGCGUUUUCUGACGUACAUUCAGUCGACGUCGCGAGAUUUCACACAGAUUUACGACCAGUUCAAAGUAACGUUGUCUGUCCCUUUCAUAAAGGCAGGUGCCAUCGAUCUCGUGGCUUUUUUUUUUGUACAUAUUUACAAUCCCUUUUACUAAAGUUUUUACUUGGAGAAAACAUACAGAACAGUAUUUUCACAUAGAAUGUUUUUCAGAGUUGUUUAUUCGCACAUAUUUGCGUUAGAGCAGACAUAGCGGUGUUUUAUACUGUUCAGUGGGCAGUGGGGCUUUCGAGCACACAGAAGAAGCUACAUGAAUGGUUAAUAAUUUCGUCUUUCUAUAGCGUCCCAAAUAACUUGCACAUUGUGGAUACCGAGCGUAUAUGUGGACAAUCAACGUGGUUUUCCCUUUCGAGUGUGUGUGUUAUUCCACUGAGUGGGUGCUUGUGUGUGUGUGCGCGCGUAAGCUUGCCACGUGUCUAAUGGAGUAAAAACGUAUACUCCCCAAAACUACAUUAUGAUUGCAAAGGCAUUAACACGACACAAGGCAUUACAACCCCCCACUGUUACAAAGCCCGUAGAGCUUAUAUCCUCAUCCAUUUUGUACGUGUACACAGGGAGAAUAUUACCGGCUAAUGAGCCACUUCGGCCAGCACAAAUGGGCCAGUCGACCGCAGUUUUAUUUUAGUAUUUCCAAAAGUGGUCCAUUUCAAUGGUAUGGUUGUUUCAUGCUUGGCUACAUUUCUCUGGAAUCACGUGAGAUAUUUCAAAUGUGCGGAGAGACCAUCAACCUCAAGAAGCACUGUGCUCCGUAGUCACUGUAAGAGUGCGAUACGAUACCUGUCUGCAAAGAUGAUACGUAGCGCAGUGCUACUCAACUCCACAUUUUGCGGGCCGCAGUGUCUGCAGGCGUUUGCUUCAACUGUGCGCUACACCGCCUGAUUUCACCAAUUAGCUUACUAUCUGAACCAAGCAGGUAAAAUAGCAGCUGGUGUAGCGCACGGUAGGAGCAAAUACAAUUACCUGCAAACACUACGGCCCACAUGACGUUGCGCUGAUCUAGCAGAACUUCUGUACCGGUGAUUUCAGCGCGAGCUGUGAUCUAACGCAGCAACUGACCUGGGUGUGUGUGUUAAGUUCAUAACCUCAGGCUCUAUGAUAUAUCGGCUUUCUCUUCACUGAAGCUGCAUCACACCACUUCUGAGUAUCCUUCCGCGCCCUGUGAGCGGUCACUGGCGGGCAGGCCAGUGAAGAGCGAGUCCAGAGGACUUUUCUAAGAUGAAGUCGGAUUUGGGGCAUUAAAGAAUGUGCACCUGUCACCUUUUUCACAAAACGUAUUUGUAAUUUACUAUUUUCGUCAGUCUUUUUUUGUUUAAUUGAUAAUAAAAAAGUAUAAUGUCACUUGUAGAAUUUCAAGAAUUUGCAAUAAAAUAUUUAAUAAAG